AUGGAAGAUGACACAGAUGGUGAUGCGUCCGCCGAGCCAUCUCCAGAGGAACUGGAGCUGGAUUUGGACGAUGAAACCGCAUCAGAGGCCAGCGUGGCAUCUUUACUACCCAUCGAUGAGGCUGAGCUGGACGGGGAGAUUCUCAUUGAGGAACCACCAGCUGAGGAGAAGCCGAGGAAAAAGAAAAAGACCGUGGAUCCAGCAGCACUGGCUGCCCACCGUGUGUGGAAGCGGCUCCGAGCUGAGAGAAAAGCUGCCAAGAAAGCGAAGCGAAAAGCGGAAGCGAGAGCCAAGAAACGUCGAGGGCAUGGUGCUGACCUUGAGGCAUUCUUAAUGAAGACCAAAGAACGUUUGGACACCCGAGCUGCUGAAGCUGAAGCAGAGGCGGCGGCCGCCAUAGUGGUGUCUGCACGGCCAUUGCGAAGCACAGGCGCCGAUCUGCAUUCCUUCAUCUUGAAGACUCGCGAACGCCUGGCUGACCAGGCCGCAGCCGAACGUGCUGCCCAACGCGCCAAAGAAGCCAAGGCUGCCGCCCUGGCGGCGAAUGCAGAUUUGGAGACCUUCCGGAAGGAAUGUCAGGCAAGGAUCGCUCAGAAACUGCUGUCCAAGAUGCCACAGGUGAAAGCUGGAGACGUGAUGGGUGAAGGCGCUGAGGGCGAUGCUUGCACCUUCCAUCGACGGAAGAUCGCUAUCGUUGGAGCUGGUCCAGUGGGCCUUUGGGCUGCCAUGCUGCUGGCCCAGAAGUACCGCUGGACCGAUUCCUCUGGAGCUUUGAGACUCCGACCUGACGCGCCCCAAAUUGUUGUGAUGGAAGCGAGGUCAAUGGCCAGUCAUUGUACUCGCACAGACAUCAGGAUAGCUUUGUCAUCCUCCACUCGUUCGAUGUUAGAUCAGCAAACACGUUCGCGAGCCUUUUCCUCGGGAAUGCCGGUAGCAGAGAUCGAGGAAAACUUUCUGCGGCGUUGGAGGAAGGUUGCAGGCGUCGAGGCCCGGAUUGAAUACGAGGCAGCAGUUCAGGAUCCAAAAGACUUGAAUGGCUAUGAUGGCAUUCUUUGGAGUGCCGGCAGGCGGUCCUUAAACGAGGCUCUUCGAAAAGACCUGGGAUGCGAGGUCAGAAUUGGCGACAGUCAGAAGGUCAUUGUAUUCCAGGUUCAAGAAUUGUUGGCCGGUGAUGCGUGGCAUUUGAGCAGUCUGGACCUCUCGGGAGCUGCUCAACAGGCUGGCCGUGUGCCACAGCUUCGAGUAAUGUUGCGCCCCGGAUUUGAAGGAGCCUGUGCCUGCUGGCUUUGGGUUUUUGGGCUACCUGCAGAACUUUUGGAGUCGCUGGUGCCCAAACAGGCCUCGAAUGAGCCUCGUGAUCACCUGGUUGAAGCCUUUGAGGACCUAGUCGGAAACGACGGAGGCCCUCUGCGGGCAGCUUUGGAAGUACGGAGGCCUGCUAGGUCGUAG